ACGCCUUCACACCUGCCCCGCCUGGGGCGCUGUGCUGGGCCGGCGCCCUCCAGUAGAUGCAGCGGCGGGGGUGGCUGCCGGAGGCGCUCGAGCGCCGCCGGGGAGAGGCAGCGACUCCCUCCGGCUCCCUGCAUUGCGCCGGUCUCCCCGCGUCCUGCCCGUGCACCUGGCGGCGGCUGCGCUGCCAACGGCCCGAAGCCGCGUCCUGCCGGCGGAGGCAGGAUCCAGCGCGGCGCGCGCCCGACGGACGGCGGGUCCCCGUGCACGAGCCGAGCGCUCCCGCCGCCGCGCCGCCAUCUUCUGCUGGCGCCCCGCCGGGCGGCUCUUUGUCCGCCGCUGCUGCCACGCCGCGAGCCCAGCUCGGCGACGGAGGGCGGCGGCGGCGGCGGCCGCCGCCAGGGGCGCCCCCGCGGGGGGGGAAGCCAUGUCCCGCCGGAAACAGGCCACCCCCAAUAAAGUGCGCUGGGAGAAGGUCUUGGCCGGGCUGGAAGAGCACAAGCGGCGGGCCGCCAUGAGGAAGAGCCUCCCGGGGCUGCUGGGCGUCCAGCCUGCCGUCGAGGGGCAGGAGCCGCCGUCGCCCCCGCCGGGGAGAGCCUCCAGCAGCAGUGAGAGCGAGGAGGAGACCACCCAGGACGAGGCCUCUUCUCCGGCUUCUGAGGAGGACGGAACAAGGGGGGCUGCAGUGAAAAAGGAGCAGGGGUCGGCGGAGCAGCCUGGGGAGGGCAACCCCGGGAUCCAAGCCCAAGAGAUGGGAUUCAGCACUAACCCAGAUGCCUUGAUGGGACUCUCCCGCUGUCCUCUUUGUCAGCUAGAAUGUGGCAGCAGGGAACAGCUUGUGACUCACGUGUACCAGCACACAGCGGCUGCAGUCAGUGCCAAGAGCUACCUGUGUCCUGUCUGCAGCCGAGCACUCAGCUCCCCAGGGUCGCUGGGUAGGCACCUCCUCAUCCACUCUGAGGACCAGCUGUCCAACUGUGCAGUAUGUGGGGCGCAUUUCACCAGCCACGCCACUUUCAACAGUGAGAAGGUGCCGGAGGUGCUGUCUGGAGAUUGCCUGUCUGCUCCUCCCCAAGAGGGUUCUUCUAGCACCGAAGAGAAAGCUGCUGCUCUCGGACCUGCUGUGUAUCCUGCUGGCCUUCUCCUCGUGUGCAACAGCUGUGUGGCUUACCGCAAACUUUUGGAAGCUCAAGCCCCAGGGGUGCGCAAGUGGGCCUUACGGCGACAGAACGAACCUCUAGAAGCAAGACUGCAACGUCUAGAACGAGAACGUACAGCCAAGAAAAGCCGUCGGGACAAUGAAACACCAGAGGAGCGAGAAGUGAGGCGCAUGCGGGACAGGGAGGCUAAGCGCCUGCAACGGAUGCAGGAGACAGAUGAACAGCGAGCACGACGCCUGCAGAGGGAUCGCGAAGCCAUGCGUCUCAAACGUGCCAAUGAAACCCCUGAGAAGCGGCAGGCUCGCCUCAUCCGAGAACGCGAAGCAAAGCGACUCAAGCGGCGGCUAGAAAAAAUGGACAUGAUGCUGCGUGCUCAAUUUGGCCAGGACCCCUCGGCAAUGGCAGCACUGGCUGCUGAGAUGAACUUCUUCCCGCUCCCUGGGGGAGGCAUGGAAUUGGACAGCCAGUUGCUCAGCAAAAUGUCCUUUGAGGAGCCAAGCCCCAGCACGCUGCCUUGAAUUAUUACCCUAUGAGCUUUUUGGACCUGGAAUGUGGCCAGCAAAUUGCUUCUGCUCUAUGGGUGCUACAGGUCACAAUGGAAAUGGUGGGUUGCAGGGAGGAGAAAAUAAAUUGCCUAUAUGUGUUCCAUG